AUUGUGAAUUGUACGAAGCUUAAGCCUUGAACCAACACAAAAAAGAAGAUGGAAAUAAACAAAGUUCCAGAGGUGAUACUAAAUUCAGGGAAAAAUAUGCCAAUGAUAGGUUUAGGGACAUCAACAAGUCCCUCUCCACCACAUGAAGUCCUCACCUCAAUUUUGGUUGAUGCCAUUAAAAUAGGCUACAGGCAUUUUGAUACUGCUUCUAUCUAUAAUACUGAAGAACCUCUAGGCCAAGCUGUGUCAAAAGCUUUAGAGCUAGGCCUCGUUAAAAAUCGCGAUGAACUGUUCGUUACUUCCAAGUUAUGGUGUACUGAUGCUCACCAUGACCUUGUUCUCCCAGCUCUCAAAUCCACUCUCAAAAAUCUGGGAUUGGGGUAUGUGGAUCUCUAUUUGAUUCACUGGCCAGUAAGGUUGAAACAAGACGUUGAAGGCCAUAACUUUAAAGGUGAGGAUACAAUUCCUUUUGACAUAAAAGGAACAUGGGAAUCUAUGGAAGAUUGUUAUAGAUUGGGCAUAGCAAAGUCUAUUGGUGUCAGCAACUUUGGUAUCAAAAAGCUCUCCAUGCUCUUAGAAAAUGCCGAAAUUGCUCCUGCAGUUAACCAGGUGGAAAUGAACUCAUCAUGGCAUCAGGGGAAACUUAGAGAAUUCUGCAAGCAGAAAGGAAUCCAUGUGAGUGCAUGGUCACCACUAGGAGGCUACAAACUAAGUUGGGGUUCGCCUGCAGUGAUGGAGAAUUUGAUUCUGCGCAAAAUUGCUGAGGCUAGAAAGAAGAGUGUAGCCCAGAUAGCACUAAGAUGGAUAUACCAGCAAGGGGUAAUUCCCAUUGUGAAGAGCUUCAACAAGGAGAGGAUGAAACAAAACAUUGAAAUAUUUGAUUGGGAAUUGAACCAAGAAGAAUUAGACAAAAUUAAUCAGAUUCCUCAAUGCAGACUGCUAAAGGCAGAAAUGUUUGUAUCUGAUAAUGGACCUUACAAGUCAUUGGAAGAGCUGUGGGAUGGCGACCCUUAAGCGAAUUCUUGUUUAAAUAUUCGAUGGGAUCAAUGCAAGUACCCUCGGCUUACCAUGGGAGGUGGGUGGCCUUGACCUGCGUUCUUCCACUACGUGAAAUAAGGGAUUUAGCCUCAGUCAUUUGGGAUCAGUCGCACCUGACUAACGUCAAGCAACAAAUUAUGCGCUAUUUCCCAUCACUCAAAUGUAGAAUAGCGCCUACAACAAAUACGUGGUAUGUAUUAGCCAAAAAAUUGGUUCGAGCCAACACAAAUGUAUCCUAUGUGGUGAAGUUUUCACCCAAAACCCCUAGUUUCAGACCCAAAAGCCCUAGCUAUCCAUUUCACCUGAAAUCCCUUCGUUUAUUAACCGUUCCUUCAAAGAAAGGUACCCCUAGUUCAACACAAAUGUAUGAAUGAGAUGCAUGCUUGUAAUCUGUGCCAUCUAUUGCCUGUGCUAGCUAGAGGAUGAGAUAAAGGCUCGCUGAGACUGAUAAGAGGAAGAUCUCAUCAUAAGUGUAGUUGUUCACAGAUAACAGUUAUGUCAAGGGACAACUUUUCAGUCUAAUUGGUUAUAAGAAUAAAUUAGUCUUAUACAUUGAGUAGUUGAUAAAA